AUGGCUGUGGCCAUUUAUCAGGGACUGUGGAUGUCGUGUGCGUACCAGAGCACCGGGCAAAUGCAGUGCAAGGUGUACGACUCCAUGCUGCAGCUGGACGCGGCCCUGUCUGCUACUCGUGCAUUGAUGGUGGUUUCCAUCAUUCUGGGCGUUUUUGCAAUGGGAGUGAGUACAAUGGGAAUGAAGUGCACAAACUGUGGUGGUAACGACAAGGUGAAGAAGGCAAGAAUUGCCAUAGUUGGUGGGGUCAUCUUUCUUCUUGGAGGUCUGUGUGCUCUGGUCGGUGCAUCUUGGUAUGGAAACCAAAUCGUUAAAGACUUCUACAACCCAUUCACUCCUGUGAAUACAAAGUAUGAAUUUGGAGCAGCAAUAUUCGUGAGAGAGAGAAGCUGUUUCUUGUUUUAA